AUGGCCUCUGCUACCUUUCCACAGCCUGGAGUUAUCCACGGUAAACGCAUCUUAGCCACUGUCAUCGAGAACCGAGCCAAAGACUGCACUAACAGCAACCCCUGGAUAUCGCUCCCCAUCAACGACCAGGAUCUUUCCGCGGGAUUCCGAGACUUCACCUUCCAGCACCUGAACAACGCAGCAAACCACGCAGCUCAGUGGCUCCGUCAGGCUCUUCCAACGACCUCCAAGUCCUUUCAAUCUUUUGCAUAUGCUGGCCCCAAGGAUCUGCGGUAUGCGAUUCUUGCAGUAGCAGCGGCAAAGCUGCAGAAAGUGAUGAUUCUUCCCUCGCCGUUGAUCACGCCGGAGGCUCAGCUGCGCAUUCUGGAAAAGAAAGAUUGUAAAUUAUAUCUCAGGCCGUUGGAAAUGGCCGGUCCUGUAGAUUCUAUUCUACGAAAGGCAUCUUACAUUAGAAGUAUUACCGUCCCAGGUCUUGAGGAGUUUCUCAGGGAGGAUGCAGCAGCGCCAGCUGUUUAUGGUAAGACAUGGGAUGAGGGAAAAGACGAUCCGUGGCUGGUGUUCCACACCUCAGGCACAACAGGAAAUCCCAAGCCAAUUACCUAUACACAUCAAAUGAUGGCUGGUGCCGAUACCGCCGCCUCUCUGCUGGAUAUUGAAGAAACUCAUAUUCAUCAAUAUGCCCGGCGAAGAUGGUACACACCGUUGCCCUCGCUACAUUUUGUGGGUAUGUUAAUGAGUCUUGCCAUGACUGGUUUUGUAAAUAUGACAUCUGUUAUUGGGCCUCCUUCCCCCCCCACUCCCAAACUUCUUAUAGAUAUUUUUCGCUACGGCCAGAUAGACGGUGCACUUCUUAUGCCCGCUUUAAUUGACCAACUCUGUAUCCUCCCCGAUGGUCUCCAAGCGCUACGCGAGCUAAAAUACAUACACUAUGCUGGUGCUCCUCUUUCCUCUAAAUCAGGGAAUCUACUCUCACCUUAUACUCAAGUUGUCCCCUGUGUCGGCAGCACCGAAGCAGGUGGGUACUUUACAAGUAUCCAUCAAAACAAGGAAGCAUGGGACUACCUCUCCUUCCAAAAACAUGCCGGGGCGGAAUUCAAACACCGCAUCGACGGCCUGCACGAGCUUGUAUUUGUGCGUCAUCCUGAAUGCGCAAUGCAGCAAAUCUUCCAAGUCUAUCCAGAUCGCGAAUCCUUCGAGACAAAUGAUUUAUGGAUCGAGCAUCCAGUACACAAAGGGCUAUGGAAGAUUAUCGGCCGCAGCGACGAUUACGUAUAUCUAGCACAUGGAGAGGGACUGCAUGCUUCGCUUCUCGAACCAGAGAUCAUUGCUCACCCGAGCGUGAAGUCAGCGAUCAUUGGAGGGCAUGGGCAUUUAGCACCAGUUCUUCUGGUAGAGUUGGUUCCCGGGGUGGAGUUAGAUGAUAUGACUGUGAGAAAAAGUCUAGAGCCCUAUAUUCAGAAGGUCAAUGCACAUUGUCAUGAACGUGUGAAGCUUUCUUCGGAGCGGUUGAUUUUCGCCACGAAGGACAAGCCUUUUAUCUUGACGGUUAAAGGGAGUGUGGCGAGGUUGCAAACUCUGGCUCUCUAUGAGGGAGAAGUUGCGUCCUUGUUUGCCUAG